UUGUAGUUUCAGUGGACGUGAAGGCACUCCUCAUGCCUUUCUUUUCACCAUAUUUUAAAAAGCACUACUCAGAUAUAUUACAUCAUAAUGUUUGGCUUGAUUUUGGCAAUUGUAUAUUUUUAUUAAAAACCAAAAACAAAAAGUCUAUAUAAUAGAGGCUAUAGAGAUAGUAGUGGAGUCAGCUCCUUAUAGUGAAAAUUAGUAGAUUUAUUUUGUUGAGUUUAGAUUUAGUAAAGCAGAAAUGGCUUCAGUUCAAGGGAAAUGGGUUAAGCUUGAUCAAAGAGGAACUUGCCCUGGACCAAGAAGUUCACAUGCGGUUACCAUAGUAGCACAAAAAGCUUAUGUAUUUGGUGGUGAGUUCUCGCCACGUGUCCCUGUAGACAAUCACAUCCACGUGUUCGAUCUUCAAGACACCACGUGGUCCGUGGUCAAUGCAACAGGCGAGGUUCCUCCACCACGUGUAGGUGUCACAAUGGAAGCCGUUGGAUCAACCAUCUAUGUUUUCGGCGGUAGAGAUAGCGAACACAAAGAGCUAAACGAAUUAUACUCUUUUGACACGUGUUCAAACAAGUGGACUCUUCUAUCUACUGGCGAUGUGGGACCUCCUCAUCGCAGCUACCACUCAAUGACGGCGGACGAUCGUUACAUUUAUGUCUUCGGUGGAUGUGGCAACGCCGGACGACUUAAUGAUCUUUGGGCUUAUGAUGUGGUUGAUCAGAAGUGGAUUAAGUACCCAUCGCCUGGGGACAACUGUAAGGGAAGAGGUGGGCCUGGGCUCGUUGUGGCCCAAGGAAAGAUAUGGGUUGUGUAUGGCUUUGCUGGAUGUGAAGUAGAUGAUGUUCAUUACUAUGAUCCAGCUGAAAGCAAGUGGGCCGAAGUUGAGACAAAAGGUGAAAAGCCUACAGCUCGAAGUGUAUUUUCUACGGCUGGGAUUGGGAAAUACGUAUUUAUAUACGGUGGAGAAGUAGACCCAAGCGAUAUGGGCCACAUGGGUGCAGGAAAAUUUGCUCAAGAGGUGUACGCGUUGGACACGGACACGUUGGAAUGGAAGAGGCUGGAAGAUGGGCCGGGCCAGGAAAAUCAUCCUGGACCUCGUGGGUGGUGUGCCUAUGCUACUGGGCUUUUAAAUGGUAAAGAGGGCCUUUUGGUGUACGGUGGGAAUUCUCCUAGUAAUGAUAGGCUUGAUGAUAUUUUCUUCUUCACUCCUUAGAACUUUAUUUAUAUAUAAUUAAAUUAAAUGUGAGUGUGUUUAAAUUUCAGAAUUGCCACUUUGUAAAAGGUUUUAGACUGUGAUAAGAGGCAAGCUACUGUGUUAAUAGUGUUUACACUUUUUUAUUUUAGUUUUGUGCUGAAUUAUUAUGUGUACUUUAAUAAGAUGAUGGUUGUUUUGCUAUUAAA